AUGAAGCUCUUAUCAAGCACCGCUGCCUUGCUCGUCUGCCUUGGUCCUCUUUCCGCCUCCGCACGGUCGAUCUCCUUCUUCGACUCAACACAGGCUCCGAUCCAAGUCCAGAAAUAUCCUGUUGAAGGAGACAAUCCGCUCGAGUACUGUGCCAACCCUGCUGGCAAUAUUCUGGAGAUCAAAUCUGUUGAUCUGUCGCCAGAUCCCCCUCUACCUGGUCAAACCCUCACCAUCAAUGCUAGCGGUAUCUUGAACGACCGGGUGGAAGAAGGGGCUACCGUUGCUCUCGAAGUGAAAUAUGGCCUUAUCACGUUGAUCAGACAGACUGCCGAUCUCUGCGAGCAGAUCAAGAAUGUGGACCUCGAAUGUCCCCUGGAGAAGGGCGAGAUGACCCUCACCAAGCAGGUUGAUCUGCCUUCGCAUAUUCCUCCUGGCAGAUACAAUGUCCAUGCCGACGUCUACUCCAAGGAUGGCAGGAGAAUCACCUGUCUUGAUGGCCACAACAUCGAGUUCAAGGCCGGCUUUUAA